AUGAAUAUGAACUUCAUUGGUGAUAUAUUGGAGAGGGAUGUGGCUCCUCCUGAGGAUAACAUACUCACAACCAUGGUCCAAGACACAGAGAAACUUAAUAUCAAAAAGAAGCCAUCUCGUUGGAAGCAAAGACUAGAGGCCAAGAAGAUUGCGUCAAUGUCUAGUAGUCCAGAUGAUGUUACCAGUAACAGUUUCAAGAAAGAAUUGGAUGAAAGUACUUCAAAUAAUGAAGAAGAACUCACGGAGAAGGAGAAAGUUCACUUAGAGAAUCUCAAAUACCUUGCAACAAUGAGCCCUGGACAGAUAGCGGAAGAAAGGGCCGAACUUAUGGCAAGUAUUGAUCCAAGCAUAUUGAAUGCCUUGAUGAGGAAGUCAAAAAAAGGUGAUGAAUAUUUAUCGCGGUCAGACAAAAAGUCCAAAGAAAAUAAUCAAAAGCUGGAUGAUGCUAAACCCAAGGAAAAAACCAAAGAUUCAAACCUCCAGAAAAAGGUGACAUUUAGUGAUACAGUUCAAGUACAGGCUAAUAGUGCGGACAAAAAAAACGAUUCUGAACCUGUUGUUGAAUCGUAUAAUGAAGAAAAAUCACCAGUGCCUACCAGUGAGCAACUUCAAGAAUCGGAGAGAAAAACCACCCAUGAUAUUUUCCAAUCUGUUCACUUUGCUAAAAAUCCAAAGCCUGAAUCUGACAAUGAUUAUAAACUUGAUAUAAAUGAUCCUGAACUAUUCGAUAAGAUGCAUGAAAAAUAUUUCCCAGAUUUGCCUAAAGAUACUGAAAAAUUGAAAUGGAUGCAGCCCGUUGAUCCAUUUGAAGAACAUGAUGAGGUUUUAAACGUUGAAGAAUUGAGAUUCGACUUCAAUGGGGAUAUCAUCGCUGCUGAUAAAGAUACCAUUAAAAAUAUUCCUACAACAUCGGGAUUGUAUCACCACAGUGAGAGCCCUCAAUUACCAGGUUAUACUUUGAAGGAAUUGGCACAUUUGAUGAGGUCAAAAUUCAACGCCCAAAGAAGUAUAUCCAUCAGAACUUUGGGAAGAAUUUUACACAAGUUGGGACUCCACAAGUAUGAUAUCAUCGUCCAGGAAGAAAAUUCAACCACCAAUGAAACAACAGUGAUGAAUCCAUCUCUUAAAAAGGAAUUCGAAGAUAAAGUCUGGAAUCAAGUUAGCAAUUUGCAUAUAAUUCCUAUCCUUUUGACGUCCUCUGAUGAACAAUUUACAACUAAUUUGAGCGUGAGAAAUUAUGCAAUCGAAGCUCUCUGGCUUUGGAGACAAAGUGGAGGCGAUUUGCAGUUAGAAGAGAUUGAGAAGCAGAACAAGUCUAUCAGCUAG